UAAAUAAGGGGUGGGCUGUGGGCUGGGGAAGAGGCUCCCUGAUGUCCCGCCCUAGUUUUCAGUCACUACAGAGCCGUUGGGCUGAGUGGAGGAGUUCCCUGUGCUGCUGCCGGGCUCCGGAUCCUAACGCUGAUAACAAUAUGGGUGGCAGGCUAAGUAGAAAAAGGAGGGGCUACAAUGUGAAUGACCCCAAAGAGAGCAAAUCUGCUGCAGAGUCCACUGACCAGCCUGAAGUGAAACAAGAUGAGCCUGAAAGCAAGGAUGUUUCCAAGGAACAGCUCAAGACUCCAGAAGCUGAGCUGCCUGACCAGCAACCAGAUGAGGCCCCCAAAGUAACUAGUGAAACCACUGAGGGAAACCAAACUGAUUCAACUGUGACCAUUGAAGGCAAAGCAGCCAUUGGUGCUCAAGACCAUGAGGCAGUACUCUCUUCAGAGGCACAAGAGAGUGCAACCUGCACAAAUUCUGUAAAAGCAACAGAACAACCAAGCCAGGAGGACCAUCAGACAACUAAGGCUGAAAUUGAAUCUAGCUCAAGUGCUGAAGUUCAUGUGCCAGUGUCUAGUGAAGAGACCACACUAAGUGGUGUGGUGGCAGUGAGCAGCCCAAAUGGAGAAGCCCAGGAGAAACCAGUUCUCCCCUCAAAGCAUGUGAAUGAAGGCCCAAAUUUGCCAACAGAGAAACUAGAGUCUGACCAUGCUGCACCAAAAAUCAUGGAAAACAACAAACAAUUAAACUCCAGUGUGAGCCUAGAUGUCAAAGUUCAAUCUGGCCAAGUUCCUGAAGGAAUAGCUGAGACAUCUGAGCAGGAAUUGACCAAAACCCAGGAUAGUCUUUCUGAGCAAGCUGAAAGCUCUGACCUGGAGACCAAGUCUGAACCUGGAGCUGAAAAUGUGCCCCAUGAGACUGAGACACCAAAAUUGUCUGAAAUAACUGAGGAAACCCCUAUUGAUCUUGUCUUGAAGAAUGAAGUGGCCAAAUGUGCAGAUCUCCAGAAAAACCUAUCUGGACCAGGCACUAUGGAUGAAGUGCAGGAAAAGAUGGUGAGUAAAUCUACUCGUACUGCCCAAGUAGUAGCUGAUUUAAAAACAGAAAAUUCUGAUCACUUACACGAUGGCUCUGUUCAAGGGGUCACUAACAAAGUGCCUGAAGAUCAGGGCCAAUUGCUGGAAGGUUCUGGAAAUCUAUCUGUAGACACUUUGAGGGAGGAAAGUGUGACAGAUUUAGUUCCAGUAGAACUGAAGGGUCCUGAGACUGACCCUGCUCCCAAGGCUGUUAGUGUACCAGAAAAGACUACCCAUGUAGUCACACAAUCACCAGAUCCCAUAAUGGCUGAAUGUGCUCCAGGGACUUCUCCUCCAGUAACUGAGAAGGUCAUCCAAUUAGGAUCUCCAGAUGCCACAGCAGAAGAAUGUUCUCCAGAGACUCUUCCAAAUGCUGACAAGGAAAUAUCUGAAACCAGGCUUGAGCAAACUCCAGAAAUGAGCCACCAAGACAGGGCAGAAAUAGCCCUGCUCAACAGCAGUUCUGAGAAAAUACCAGCUAUUAAGCUAACUGUCUAUACAGAAGCCUUGCAGGAAGAGAAAAUAGAAAUGGACACAGAACUAAUGACUAAGGAGUCUCCAAAUCAUUUUGACACCAAGGAUCCAGAUCCAGAUCCACAAAAUGAAAUGCUUCCUGAGAAACAGUCCACUUCAUGCUUAGUUGAACUGAUUUCAGACCAAGAAGUUGUGAAAGUAGGUAACACUUCAGAUCAUCCUGUCUCUGAAUCCCAGAGUUCUUCUCUGGAUGUUGGGGAACAGAGUCUAACAGAUCAGACCAAGACAGAAGCUACUGUUCCUACUGAAAAUGUGUCUGUGGUUGGUGCAUCAAGCCAGAUUGAAAAGACCAGCCUUGAUGAGACUCCCAUUGCUAAUGGGACCCCAUUAGAUACUGGAGUGGGAGAUUUCAGCAAAUCCAUGAGUAAAGUCAGUGGUCAAGAUGCUACAGCUGAAGAGUAUCUUCAAGACCAGAAUUGUGAUAUGAAGUGAUAGAACAAAAUGUAAAUCCAUUGAACAAGCAGAAAUAGAUCUUUGGAGGAAUCUGAUCAAACCUUGGAUUCAGGGCUGAGUCAGUGACUGCAAAAUGGGAUGCCAAAGCAGUGAGGCUUUUACACAAAUGAAUCACCUGUGGAAGAUGUGGAAUUUGAAUCUUGUUCAAACUGGCUAGCAGCUAGGUUUUGAUUUGACUAAAGACUGAGCUUAAUGCUGCAAGAAGGGGACACUUUUUUUCUCUUGACUUGCAGUAUAUGAAUUUGACUGGUUCCAUGAUUUUAUCUCAAUACAGAUGAUAAAUUUUGAAGAUCAAUGAAGACCCAGCCUUGUGCCAAGAGCUUUUGGGAUACAAGCUGUCACAUGAUACUUUUCAGGCAUGCAAAUCUACAAGUUUGAAUACUAAAUGCUAUGUUUUGAGAUGCACAUUUGAGUAGUUGAGGUAACUCUGAACCCCUCUUGCAAGAAGAUCAAUUGUAACUAAUUGGAUAAUGUGAAGGUUUUAAAAUUUAAAUGCUUUGAAAACUUAAUAAAUUAUGUAUCAUACUUGA